GCAGGCGGGCCGGGCCCGCGGCGGCGAUGGCCUCGGCGGCGGUGGAGGACUUCGUGGCCAAGCAGUUGUCCCUGCUGAGCCUCGAGAGGGACGCGGAGCUGCAGGAGCGCAGGGCCUGGCAGGAGAACAGCUCUCUGAAGGAGCUCCAGAGCAGGGGCGUGUGUCUGCUAAAGCUGCAGCUGGCCAGCCAGCGCACGGGGCUGUAUGGACAGCUUCUGGUCACCUUCGAGCCGGGGCGAGGCGGGUCUGCCACAGGCCUUCCCAGCAACAGCUUCUCUUCCGGCGAUAUCGUGGGCCUGUACGGUUCUGGGAACCAGGAUGGUCAGCUUGCCACCGGGGUCCUGACUCGAGUCACCCAGAGGUCAGUCACGGUGGCCUUUGAUGAGUCUCAUGACUUCCAGUUGAACCUGGACCCUGAAGCUUCCUACAGGUUGCUAAAGCUUGCCAACGACGUCACUUACAAGCGACUCAAGAAUGCGCUGCUCUUCCUGAAGAAGUACCACUCCGGGCCCGCGUCCUCGCUCAUAGAGGUCCUGUUCGGUGGAGCUGCUCCCAGUCCUGCCAGUGAAACAUCCCCGCUGACGUUCUACAACCCCGCCCUGGACGCCUCCCAGAAGGAAGCUGUGUCCUUUGCCUUGGCCCAGAAAGAACUCGCCAUCAUCCACGGACCUCCUGGCACUGGGAAAACCACAACCGUGGUGGAAAUAAUCCUCCAAGUGGUGAAGCAGGGGUCGAAGGUACUAUGCUGUGCACCCUCCAACAUCGCCGUGGACAACCUGGUGGAGAGGCUGGCCGGCCGCAGGCUGCGUGUCCUGCGCCUCGGCCACCCCGCCCGCCUGCUGGAGUCCGUGCAGCAGCACUGUCUGGACGCCGUGCUGGCGCGCAGUGACAGUGCCCAGGUUGUCGCCGACAUCAGGAGGGACAUGGACCAGAUCUUCCUGAAAAACAAAAAGGCACAUGAUAAGAGAGAGAAAAGUAAUUUCCGCAAUGAAAUGAAGUUACUAAGAAAAGAGCUGAAGGAAAGGGAAGAAGCGGCCAUGGUGGAAGGCCUCGCAGCGGCUGACGUGGUGCUGGCAACCAACACGGGUGCCUCUCCCGACGGCCCCCUGAAGCUGCUGCCCGAGGGCCACUUUGACGUGGUGGUCAUUGACGAGUGUGCCCAGGCCCUGGAGGCCAGCUGCUGGAUCCCUCUGCUGAAGGCCAGGAGGUGCAUCCUGGCCGGAGACCACAGGCAGCUGCCGCCCACCACGGCCUCUCACAAGGCAGCGCUGGCGGGGCUGUCGCUCAGCUUGAUGGAGCGCCUGGCCCAGGAGCGUGGCCCCGAUGUGGUGCGGAUGCUCACGGUGCAGUACCGCAUGCACCAGGCCAUCAUGCGCUGGGCCUCCGAGGCCAUGUACCAUGGGCAGCUCACAGCCCACUCCUCCGUGGCGGGACAUCUCCUGAGGGACCUCCCCGGCGUGGCUGACACGGAGGAGACCAGCAUCCCCCUGCUGCUCGUGGACACGGCCGGCUGUGGCCUAUUUGAACUGGAGGAAGAUGACAACCAGUCCAGGGGGAACCCAGGCGAAGUCCGCCUUGUCACUUUGCACAUCCAGGCUCUGGUGGCCGCUGGUGUCCACGCAGGAGACAUCGCUGUCAUCGCGCCCUACAACCUUCAGGUGGAGCUGCUCCGACAGAGCCUGGCGCACCAGUACCCCGAGCUGGAAAUCAAGUCCGUGGACGGCUUCCAGGGCCGAGAGAAGGAGGCUGUGAUCCUCUCCUUCGUCAGGUCCAACCGGAGAGGCGAAGUUGGUUUUCUGGCUGAGGACCGGCGGAUCAAUGUCGCGGUCACCCGUGCACGGCGCCAUGUGGCGAUUGUCUGUGACUCCCGCACCGUGAACAACCACGCUUUUCUAAAGACACUGGUGGAGUAUUUCACAGAGCACGGGGAAGUGCGCACCGCCUUCGAGUACCUGGAGGACAUCAUCCCUGAGAACUAUGCCCACGAGGGCUCCCAGGGUCCCCGCCGAGCCGCUGCCCGGCCCCGGGGCCCUGCGUUCCUCAGCAUGCCUGCGAGUACGCAGGCCCCGCGCGGCCCGGAGGCCAAGGCCGUGCCCCAGGGGGAGCCCAGGAAGCCCCGCACGAGGCCCCCGCAGCCACGCAGCGACGGGGGGCGCCCGGGUGGCACGGAGCACCUGCGGGCCAAGAUCACAGAGUUCCUGGACAGCAAGGAGACGCAGUUGCAGUUCCCCACAUCCCUCAGCUCCCAUGACAGGCUGCGCGUCCACCAGAUCGCCGAGGAGCUGGGGCUGUGCCAUGACAGCGCUGGGGAGGGGGCGGCGCGGUACGUCACCGUGAGCAAGAGGGGCGCCCCAGCCCCCACCCCAGUGCCCGUGGGCGAGCCCCGGGGGGAGCAGGGCAGACAGGACCAGCCAGCCAAGGAACAGCAGCCAGACAAGAAGGAGAAGCCAGACAAGCAGCAGCCAGACAAGAAGGAGCAGCCAGACAAGAAGGAGAAGCCAGACAAGCGACAGCCAGACAAGAAGGAGAAGCCAGACAAGCAGCAGCCAGACAAGAAGGAGCAGCCAGACAAGGAGCAGCCAGACAAGAAGCCCCAGAAGCUGCCCCAGAACAAGAAGAAGAAGACGAGGGAAGCAAAGGGACCCGCGGCCUCCGCUCUGCCCGCCGAGGAGGAUCUUGACGCCCUGCUGUCGGCCGUGACCAAGGCCGACAACACCUGCAGCUUCGCCAAGUGCGCGGCCAGCAUCGUGACCCUGGGCCAGCUCUGCCAGCUCUGCGGCCACCGCUACUGCCUCAGCCACCACCUGCCCGAGGUGGGUGACCGGAGGGAACCGGCGGAGCCGCUUCGGGUCCACGGCUGCGGCGAGAAGGCCCGCGCACACGCCCGCCAGAAACUCCGCCGGGAAGGGGUCCCCAGUGCAGGCAGCGGGGCCAGGGACAGGCCCCUGGACCCCGCCAGGAGGGCCCAGCUGCAGCGAAGGCUGGACCUGAGGCUGGGCGAGCUCAGCGGCCAGAGGACCAGUAAGAAGAAGGAGAAGGACAGGGGGACGUGAGCCGGCGUGUGCCCCGGAGGGCCACGGCCCAGGGCAGCGCCUGCAGCCAGCCCCCGGCCCAGAUGUGGGCAGCGCGGGCGCUGGGGUCUGUGGCCAUGGGGGACUGUGUGUCCAGUCCUGGGUCCUUCCCAGUACUGGCCAAGUUCCCUUGGAGCCAUGCCUGACCUCUCACUGCCAGAGUGACCACCCAACGCUGAGGAUGCAAGACCAGGAGCACCAGCCCCGCGCCGCUGUGGCCCCGGGCUGCUGUGGCCCCGCACUGCUGUAGCCGGCUGUCCGGCCAGGGCUGGCCUCUGUGCCGAGGCCAGGAUGCCAGAGAGCCACCAGAGCCACACAUCACCCACAGAGCCGGACCUCCAAAGUUUAUUUAAGAGAACCUCAAGGAAAUAAGU